AUGCCUUCACUGGGAGUGCUGGGUACAACGCUGCACGCGUCUCUGCUGAUACUUCUCGUCCAGGGAAUACAUAAGACCAGGGAUGGCAUUUACAUCAGGCCGUCCGGUCAUUUCACCACGAUGGAUCGUCCAGCUGGAUAUCACCUGCCCACCUACAUGGUGCACCUCUACAGGAAUUUCAAAUCUAAUUUAUCUCUGCCCAUGGACGCUACGGAGCAAGCCUUCGCCAAGCAAGCAGACACCGUCAAGAGUGUCAUGGCAAAAAAUUUGACACAUGAUCAGAGGCGCUGGAUUGCAACCUUUGACCUCCACACCAUGUUGGCCGACCAGCAGAUCCAAGCAGCCGAGCUCAGGAUCAGGAUCCCACAAACGGUAAACGUUUCCAGCAUCGUAGUGGAGAUCUACCACCAGCAUGACCGCCCGUGCCACACACAGAGGACAUGCCAAGAACAUCAGCUGGUGGGACUGCUCACUGCAUCUUCGGUGAUCACAUCCUUGCAACACUGGAGAGUGUUUAACAUCACAAGCCCUCUCUUGAGAUGGCUCGAAGAGAAACACACAUUAAAAAGUCGACGCGAAAGAGUAUCAAGACCACGGAAGGGGAAAAAGGUGAAGAGAGGUCCGUUGCUUGCUGACCCUCCUGGCCUUCUGGCCGGUCCGAGAAGAACACCGGUUGUGAGUGAUAGGGCCUUGUUGGUCAUUUUCUCACACACAGGUUCUGAUGAAAACUCAAAGGCUAAAGCAAGCCUUCUCCAUACAGCUGAACAAUCGAAGUUCUUGUUCCCUACUGAAAUGAAGAAGGUCCACCGGCCUAAGAGGCACAGGAGCAAACGGGGCCAGAGAGCACAAACAGCGAGGGUCCAACUUUUGUCUAAGAGAGGCGGUGAAAAAUCCCACUGUCGCAGAGUCGACUUACACAUAGACUUUAAUAAAAUUGGCUGGGGCUCAUGGAUCAUCUACCCCAAGAAAUACAAUGCCUACCGCUGUGAAGGAGCUUGUCCCAGUCCUCUUGGGGAAGACCUGCAUCCAACAAAUCAUGCUUAUAUGCAGAGCCUACUAAAAUACUACCACCCUGACAGAAUUAUAUCACCCUGCUGUGCCCCGACCAAAAUGAGCCCAUUAAGCAUGCUCUACUAUGAGAACGGGGAGACGCUCCUUCAUCACCAUGAAGACAUGAUAGUGGAUGAGUGUGGCUGCCAGUGA